CAGAUGAUGAAAUGCACGACGGCCAGAACCCAACUGAGGAGAGAUGCACAACGGGAUCCGGCGAUAAGAAAAGGUUAGGAAUGAGAAAAACAGGUUCGAGAGAAACGGAGUGAAAGGCUGGCGACGGUCGUUCGAGCCCUCUUCCCGCGCGUCUGGGGAAAGCGCUGCCUUCCCUUCGGUGCAUCAAUCGACAGGCAGUUGGCGAGUGCGGCCUCGGCACGUGAGUCAAGUGGCUUCCGCGGAUCGCUCAAGCGAGCGAGGAUCGUCAAGGGUGUUUGUCCCGUAGACGUGUAUUUUUAGUUGAAUGUACUUGCAUCGCGUCUUAUAUAGAAGCAUGGGAUUGUUUUCCUUUGCCUGAUGGAAAUAAUCUGAACUAGAUAAACACAGACAUUCAAGGUCAAGUGGCCAAACUAUGAGGGACUUUGCGUAGGCUUCCGAGAUAGAUUUGCAUGGAGGAAGUCAUACGUUGUGAAAAAAUUGUUAUGAAAAAUGUCGAAUAUUAAGGGCCGUAACUGAAAGGGUUCUUCACGGUCUCUUCCUGUUUUUCCCUGUCACUUUACCUGCUCAAUUAGGGUCAAAAUAGCCCGUUUGAUCCAUGGUAUAGCUGUUCCCACCCUCGGGAAAAUUUUUAGCCGCUGUUCUCGAGAAACGUGUGAGCUAGGGCAUCAACAUUUGUGGCUAUUUUCGUAGCAAUAAGAGACUUCCUGGAAUGAAUGCUUUUUCAACCAAAUCCCCGUCGGAGGCGCAACCAGAAUCUAUCAAAUCGGAUCGAUUGGGUUGGUAGGCCUCCAUGCUGCUAGUUGCAUUACAAUUCAUCUCAUCUCUGUGAUAAGUUGAAGGAGUGACUCUCACGGGUCGAGAGAACGAAGUGGAAUGACAACGCUGCUGACAGGAGAAGCGAAGGUCUUGGGAAUCGACCGAGAGCGGAAGGUGGUCGAGGUGUGCACGGGGUCCGGGGAACGGCUGAGCCUCCCGUGGAUCUGGCUGAGGGACCACUGUCGCUCCGCGACGUCCUACAACCACCGCACCUUCCAGAGGAAGCAGGAUCUCCUCGCCAUCCCCCUUCACGUUGAGGCGACGCGUGCUCGCGUGGAAAACGACAAGCUCUUCGUCCAGUGGGACGACGGCUACGAAUCCGAGAGCCGGAUGAAAUGGCUGGCAGAAAUGAGCCCCGGCCGCGGCACCGCCCUCCGCGCCUCCGUCUACUCCAAGCGAAUCCCCUGGGGCCAGGGACAACAACUCCACGAUCGUCCCUGGGCCCGCGUCCCCUUCUCCCAACUCAUCGAUCCGGACUCGAAGAUGGAAUCGGCCAAGAAACUGCUGGAAUCGCUGUGGGUGUACGGCGUGGCCGCGGCCGUGGACGUGCCGCCGACGGUCGAGGACACCCGGAGGGCCGUGGAGGCGGUGGCGCCCAUCAUGCACACCACCUUCGGGGACAUCGCCGCCUUCGAGGCCAACCUGGAGCGCGCGGACACGGCCUACACCACCGAGUCCAUCGGGCCCCACACCGACAACACCUACUGGACCCAGCCGGCCGGCCUGCAGGUAUUCCACUGCCAGCACCACGAUGGGACCGGCGGAGAGAACAUCCUGGUGGAUGGACUGGCUCUGGCGAAUGACAUGAGCGAGGAGCAUCCGGAAGCUUAUCGAAUCCUCUCCACCGUCCCGCUUCCGGCUGAGUUUCGGGAGGACGAGGGUGGGAGGAAGAAAAAUCACUUUGCCAAUCUGGACUUCACCUUCAAGCACGAUCCGGUCACGGGGCAUCUCGUGCAGAUCCGAUACAAUGCCUACGACCGAGCUGAGAUGUCGACCCUGGAGGCCGACAAAGUGUACGAGGUCUACUCGGCCUACCAGACGCUGGGUCGCGCCAUCGCCUCGCCGGCACGCGCGUUCGAGCUCAAGCUCCAGCCGGGGACGACGCUGUUCAUCGACAACUUCAGGGUCCUCCACGCGCGGAAGGCGUUCGACGGGCGCAGGGUCAUGAUCUUCGCCUACGUCCUCCGGGACGAGUUCCUCAGCCGGUUGAAGGUCGCGGGGGUCUUCAACGGAUUGUGAAUCCAACGAGUCACCUGCAGAAUUAGUUCUCCCUCUCCUUGAAGUUUUACUUGAAAUGUGAUGGACGGUAGAUGUUUGGCAAGUUAUAACCGUUUCUGGUCCAUUUCUGAUUUUGUUAAUUUCCCGCCGUUAGUGCUUUUUUUUCAAGGCUGUAUCUGUCUGGAAAAUGGAAAAGUGAUGCAUUCUUUAACACUGAUGCGCUUUAAUGCAAUAAUCUGAUGGUCGGAUUAAGUGAAAUCCUGUGAAUGUGUUGCAAAUAUACUUCCAUGGG